CCUUCACCUACUUUUCCUAUAGCUAUCGGAUUAAGAACUCAAUGAGAACGACGGUGUUACCCGUGUCAUUGGACCAACAUCUUGACCAUGGCCAGAUCGCCAUGUGAAGUUAUGCCAUAUAAAGUAAGGGGCGGCCAACAAGCCGAGUCUAGUCGCUUCGCUGCUUUGUUCGCGUAGGUUUUGUUAGAGGGAUGUCCUUCUCCUAAAACCAUCCGGUAGGAGGUCUGUUCAACUCAGAAGACAACACACCUCGUCCACUCGUUUCCUUUGCUAGAAUGCGCUCCCACUCGGUUGCUUCGUGGCUCUGCGGCUUCUUGUUGUUGGCCUUGGGCCAAGCCCAAUCAAUCCCAUCAACCCCAGAAAGUAGUCAAACAAUUUCGUCAACAGAGUCAACAGCCUCUCAGAGCUCUCCAGCGACCUCAUCUACAGGUGACCCCGGAACCUCGUCACCAGGGACAACAACAACAACACGCGCAAGCCCGGGCGAUAGCACCACGACAAGCUCAGGAUCCAGCUCUUCGAGCACGACCCCUCCAGAUGUCUAUCUCAAUGUGCCGGAGCUCCACGUGGGAAAGAUCGAGCUCGAUGUUGACGAUCUCAACGCGGAGUUAACGCUCGCCGCCCAGAUCGCAUCACUCGUCGAGAUCAACGCCGGCGUACAAGUCGGCAUCUCGAAGGUGAACAUCACAAUCGCCGAAGUCGAUGCCGAACUGGAACUCAUCGUGCGCCUGGGGAAUCUCGUGGAAAUCGUCAACCGCACCCUGACGACCCUCAAUCUCAACCCGCUCCUCAUCAACGUGAUCAGCGAGGUAACGGACCUCGUAGACGCGGUAGUAGGCGCCGUCGACGGACUCCUAGGGUCCAUCGUGAACGGCGAUUCGACCAUCAACUUCAUCAUCGACAACCUGGGGAACAUCGUGCAGGAGGUGGCGGGCGGCGCGGGCCAAGCGCUAAGCAGUAUCGUGGGCAACUACGAGCAGAACAUGACGUACACGGGCGCACAAGAGAUUCUGGAUGGCGGAUUCAUCCAAAAGACUUACUCGUAUUCUCCAUUGAAUGCACUUGUUAAUAUUGUGUUUAAUAGCCUGGGCCAGGUCGUGCAGGCGGUGGUGGUGAAGAGGGAUGGGUCUGGCGGCGGCACCUCGACUACGUCUGCGACGGCCGCAAGGCGCACGGUUGCGGCGCGGAAAUAAGAGAAAUAUUGUAAUUUCAUAUGAUAAAUAAUCUAAGUAUGAAA